GAAUCUCCAGGGGAACCUUCUCAUCACUGAGUUCUUCUGCUCUGUGGGCAGCUGUUCAAAUGUCACAAAGCAUGCAAGAGCUCCAAGCUGAACAGACACAAAUGAAAGCUCAGGACUCUGAGCUCUCCCAGAACCUGAACAGACUCCAAGAGGAGCUAAACAACGUCGAAUCCCAGAACUCUGAGCUCUCCCAGAACCUGAACAGACUCCAGGAGGAUCUAAUCAACGUCAAAUCCCAGGGCUUGAAUGAGAAGCGCACGGCCUCGGAUUCUCUGGAGAAACUCCAGGAAGAGGUGGCAAAGCUGUGGAUAGAGAUGUUAAUAUCAAAGGGAGCUGCAUGCAGCACGUGUCCCAAGAACUGGCUCCAUUUCCAGCAGAAGUGCUACUAUUUUGGCAAGGGCCCCAAGCAGUGGAUCCAGGCCCGAUUCGCCUGCAGUGACCUAGAAGGGCGGCUAGUCAGCAUUCACAGUCAGGAGGAGCAGGACUUCCUGAUGAAACACAUCAGCAAGGAUUCCUGGAUUGGCCUCCGGGAUCUCAAUGUGGAGGGACAGUUCAUAUGGAUGGACGGGAGCCCAGUGGGUUACAGCAACUGGAGUCCAGGGGAGCCCAACAACGCAGAGCAGGGUGAGGACUGCGUGCUGAUGCGGGAGUCCGGCCAGUGGAACGACUACUCCUGCCGCAGCUUCCUGUAUGCCUGGGUGUGUGAGCAGCUGGCCACAUGUGAGGCAUCUGCCCCAUUAGCCUCUGUGAGUCCAACAGGACCCACUCCAAGUAAUGAACCCUGACAAGCUUCUGCCCACCCUCUUCUGGAUGUCUCUCCCACCUUCAUCAUGGAGACAGCCAGGCCCUGAGGAUCGUCCUAUCAAGGCCUGGGCCCCUCUUUGUGACUCAAGGCCUCCAUGAUUAUGCCCCCACCCAUACUGAAGCAGCUGGUAGAUACCAGCUCCCCAUCCAACUAAGCUGACAUCCCAGCCCCUCUGCCCUCCUCACACCCGAGUCCUGCCAUGCAGCCUGCGUGUGGGCAGCUGAGCCAUCCAGGAAGCUGAGAACAGUUUUCUCAGGGGGCUUCCUACUCCUAUCAAGUUUUCCUCUUCCUCCCACUCACUGUCCCACAGAGCACAAGUCCCCUCUCCCCAGGGUCUGGCAGCAAAUCCUCCCACCAAGUUUGUGUGCAACAGCGAAAAGGGAUCAUAGCUGGUCCCCAGCACUCCCCGCUCCUUGGAGGCCUUGCCAGGUGUGCUCCAGGUGUGGCAGGUAGCUGACAGUUUCAGCGACCUGGUGCCCAAGACCCUCUUUGAGAAUGCAGUGCAACUGAUAUGGAAUUUUACACCUCAUGUAUCUUGGUUAUUUCUUUUCCUAUGUUAUCACAGUAACAUGCUAGGUAUGUGUGGGAGUGAGGCUCGGGAGUAUGUGAUUCCCAGCCAGGCGUGUUGGUACUUGCUUAUAAUCCGAGUAAGCUUGGAACUGUGGCUUUGGGCAAGCCUGGACAAAUCGGUGAGACCCAAAUAAAGCUGAGAGGAGGGCCAGCGAUGACCUGA